AUGCAUUUGAAAAGUCAGAGAUGGAAAGAAGUUGGUGCCAAAGCAAUAAACAUUAGCGAUGUUUAUCUUUGCCAAGAGAGAAACCCUUGCACCGGUCCUGCUAAGGCAACAAGCGUGGGUCAUUCAUUGAAGAUUUCAACUAGGGAAAAAACUAAACUACAGCAAUUUAUCUAUCUAUCUAUUCGUAUCUAUCUAUCUAUCUAUUCGUAUAUAUCUAAUGAGACACCCGUCACUCACUUCGCAUCUAUCUAUCUAUCUAUCUAUCUAUCUAUCUAUCUAUCUAUCUAUCUAUCUAUCUAUCUAUCUAUCUAUCUAUCUAUCUAUCUAUCUAUCUAUCUAUCUAUCUAUCUAUCUAUCUAUCUAUCUAUCUUAAUCUGUUCAUUAUCUAUCUAUCUAUCUAUCUAUCUAUCUAUCUAUCUAUCUAUGUUCAUACAUAUCCAGCUAGCUAGUCUCCUUUCCCUCACUCACUCAGUCACUCAUUUUCUAUCUAUCUAUCUAUCUAUCUAUCUAUCUAUCUAUCUAUCUAUCUAUCUAUCUAUCUAUCUAUCUAUCUAUCUAACACUCAUUUUGUGCAAUUUUAUAUUUACAUCUAUCUAUCUAUCUAUCUAUCUAUCUAUCUAUCUAUCUAUCUAUCUAUCUAUCUAUCUGGUAUAUUCAUUUCUCUUGCUCCCUUUGAUCUAUCUAUCUGGUUUAUCUCACUCACUCUCUUUUCAUCUAUCUAUCUAUCUAUCUAUCUAUCUAUCUAUCUAUCUAUCUAUCUAUCUAUCUAUCUUCCGUUCUUUUCUUCUUUUUUUCUUUAUCUCCUUCUCUCUAUCUUUCUCAUGUUCGUUUUCUCUCGUUCGUUCUCCUUUUCUGCUUAUCUCGUCCUUCCUCGUUUUCAUCUUGCCUCUUUUUUUUUCUUCUCCCCCCCCUUCCUCUGUUCGUUACCUUUUCCCCGUCUUUCGUUCUUUCUCCAUCUUUCGGUUUCUACUCUUUUUCUCUUUGUCUCAUUCUUGUCUUUCUAGACUUAUUUCGUUUUUUUCGCUUCUUCUUGUCUCUCCUUUUCUCUCCGUGUCUCGUUCUUUUUUCUUUUCGCUAUCUUUCGUUGGUUUGUCUUUCGUAUAUACAUUCUUUUUAUUUUUAUCAUUCUCUCACAUUGUAUUGUCUCGUUCUUUUUGCAUUUUCUCCUUCCGCUUUUUCGCCUUUUUUAGUUCUUCCUCUUCUUUGUUGCCUUGUCUCGUUCUUUCUCUCCCUCUUGUCUCAUUCUUUCAGUUUUACACCCACUUUUCGAACUUAUUCAAUCCUUUUGUUCUCAGUCUUUUCCAUCUGAUAUUCCUUCUUUCUUUCUUUCUUUCUUUCUUUCUUUCUUUCUUUCUUUCUUUUAUAAACCAAGCAUAUCUGUUCUAG